AGCCGAAAGAGCCUUUUUAACCAUUUUCGGCCGAUAAUUUUCGGCGGCCGAAUAUUCGGUGCAUCCCUACCUUUUUCAAUUGUAGUCUAAAAAUGCCCAGCAUUCAUUCCAAUGUGGAUAAUUCAAUUGAACAACAAUUAAACAUGUCAUUUCAAUCAGUGUGGUUAUAACAGAUGUUUUUAUUUCCUUUGACAUGGAUCUAUCAAUCAAUCUAUCUAUGGAUCACUUGGCCUACUGUUGACAGGAGUGGUACAGCACCUUUGGCCUGUCUGGUCACUAUGCUGCACUCCCAGGUGAGGGGAGACCGAGUGAAGAACAGCAUCUUCUUCAAGCUGCCGGGACGGAUGAGCCUGUUCACCCUAAAGAAGAACGCCCUCCAGUGGACAAAGACAACAUCAGAGUCGGAUCCAGCUGAUCCAGCCAGCAGCACGGCCCCAGCUUCCAGCACCUCUGCAGCAGGUGCAGCGGCCACAGUCGGCCCCAAUGAGGCCACUGGGCAGGAGAGCUGCGACUCCACCGAGACCACCGCUGCUGCAAGUGGAGACAAUGACG